UGUUAUUUGUCUCCCCUGAAUUGCGCUUUAAGAGUAGUAUUUUUUCGUCAUGUAAGCCUAUUGUAUGUUUCUCCAUUAAUACUAAGCCUCGUGGACGAAGUAAAAAAAGAAACACCGUCACAUCUCCAAGAUUGUAGGACUAGAAAAUUUUGGAAUAUCAACUGCAUAUAAGAUCUGGAUCUAUGUCCACUGAAAAUGGCAAAUACGUAGCUGAUGAUAAUGGUCGCUUAGACAAACGUAAAGUUGUGAAGGGAUUUGCAGAGUUCUGCUGCUCCCCUGUCCAAAAUAAAGAUACAUGGCAGGAAUCUGCAGAAGACUACAAAGUCAGAAACACCAAACUUGAGUACACUUACCCUUUAAAACUACUUGUGCCAGGUUGUGCAUCUUCUAUACCAAGCAGUCAGUGGCUGUAUGUAAUCACAUUUGGCGGUGGGCUUGUGGAGGGAGACAAUGUGUCCCUUGAUGUCAAGGUUGGGGAGCACUGUACAGUGGUUGUGACCACUCAGGCCUCAACAAAGGUUUAUCACUCAGAAGAGGGCUUAGUUACACAACAAGGCUUGCGAGGUUUGGUUGCUGAUGGAGGGUUGCUUGCAGUUCUUCCUGAUCCUGUGGUCUGCUUCAAAAAUGCCAUCUACAGCCAGAAACAGGAUUUUGAGCUCACUUCAAAUGGCAGUGUCAUCAUCCUUGACUGGUUUACAGCUGGGCGUGUGGCACUUGGAGAAGUCUGGGAUAUGACUAGUUACAAAAGUCAUAACAGAGUCUUUGUGGAUGGAAAGCAAGUGUAUGGAGAUUCAAUCUUUCUUAGCAAUGAGAACAGCUUUCUUUCACUAAAAGAAUCCAUGUGUGGUGUGAUGGUUUUGGGAACCUGUGUUUUUAUUGGUCCAUAUUUUAAAGAAAUCAAGAAAAAAAUUAAGGAGAGAGUCUCUGUUCUCACAAAAUGUAAUGAUAUGAGUGUCGUCAAGAAAGAUUUGAUGGCCUUUGCUAGUGUUUUGGAUCCUUCACUGUGUGAUGGCAUUGUUGUCAAACUCAUAACCACACAAAGUACAGAAGAGGCCUACAAUUUCUUUAGAAUGAUUAUUCAAGAUAUUGUACCAAGACUUGGAGGAGACCCACUCGUGAAAUGAAAAUAUUGUCCAUUAGCAAACAAUGUUCUUAUUAUUUAGUACACAAAAAUGAUAAAUGAACAAUUAAGAAGUUUGUAAUUAAAGCAGGAAAUCAAAACAUGCCUGCCAUGAAGUUUUUCUUGGACAAAUCAAGCUGUACAAUCUGAGGAACUCCUUUUUUUAAUGUUGUCAUAAUGAUUAUUAUCAUGAACAUAAAU